UGCGCAGUGUCACGGCGGCAGGCGAAAGAUGGCGGUGGCGGCGUCUGCGAAGAGGCGCUGCUGAGGGGGCGCGAGGGGGACGGAGGCCAGAGUCGCGGGGGAUCCUUAUGGCAGCCAUGGCAAGCAGCAGUGGGGACAGUGUCACCCGCCGGAGCGUGGCAUCACAGUUUUUCACACAAGAGGAAGGGCCAGGCAUCGAUGGCAUGACCACCUCAGAGAGGGUGGUGGAUCUCCUGAACCAGGCAGCACUGAUCACCAAUGACUCAAAGAUCACAGUGCUCAAACAGGUCCAGGAGCUGAUCAUCAACAAAGACCCCACACUCCUGGACAAUUUCCUAGAUGAGAUCAUCGCUUUCCAAGCAGACAAGUCCAUCGAAGUGCGAAAGUUUGUCAUCGGCUUCAUCGAGGAGGCAUGCAAGCGAGACAUUGAGUUGCUGCUGAAACUGAUUGCCAACCUCAACAUGCUCCUGAGGGAUGAGAAUGUGAACGUGGUGAAGAAGGCCAUCCUCACCAUGACCCAGCUCUACAAGGUGGCCCUGCAGUGGAUGGUGAAGUCACGGGUCAUCAAUGAUCUCCAGGAGGCCUGCUGGGACAUGGUAUCAGCCAUGGCUGGGGACAUCAUCCUGCUGUUGGACUCUGACAAUGAUGGGAUCCGCACACAUGCCAUCAAGUUUGUAGAGGGUCUCAUUGUCACCCUGUCACCCCGCAUGGCUGACUCAGAGAUACCCCGGCGGCAGGAGCACGACAUCAGCCUGGACCGCAUCCCUCGUGACCACCCCUAUAUCCAGUAUAAUGUGCUGUGGGAAGAAGGCAAGGCGGCCUUGGAGCAGCUGCUCAAGUUCAUGGUGCACCCUGCCAUCUCCUCCAUCAACCUGACCACGGCGCUGGGCUCCCUUGCCAAUAUUGCCCGCCAGAGACCUAUGUUCAUGUCUGAGGUGAUCCAGGCCUACGAAACACUGCACGCCAACCUACCCCCAACACUGGCCAAAUCUCAGGUGAGCAGCGUGCGCAAGAACCUCAAGCUGCACCUGUUGAGUGUACUCAAGCACCCCGCCUCCUUGGAGUUCCAGGCUCAGAUCACCACCCUGCUGGUGGACCUGGGCACGCCUCAAGCUGAAAUUGCCCGCAACAUGCCCAGUGGCAAGGAUGCCCGCAAGCGGCCCCGAGAUGACUCGGAUUCCACACUUAAGAAGAUGAAGCUAGGUGAGCUGAGUCUGGGCCUGGCAGAUGGAGACAUGGGGACUGACCCUGUUUAAAAUAUCAAACUGCUUAUGUUAAACUGUAUGCUUAGUGUGCAUUAAGUCUAUAUUAUAAAUUAUGUAACGUGACCUAAUAAGUAAUGCAAAAUAGAAUUACUAAGAUAUACAACACAUUUAAGAAAUAAUUAGGC